AUGGUAGAAAUAUUAGAUAAAGAAGAUGGGCCUAAAAAGCAAAGAGUGGGUGUAAAAGCAAGUUCUGCUGGAAAUUGCCACAUGAAAUACGAAAAAGAAGCCAUUAGACAAGAAAGAAAUCAAGAGCUUGCAACCAAGAGGUUGCAGUUGAAACUGUGA